AUGGCAGGUGAUCUAAUACAACCGGGAAAAAGACCUCUUGAAGUUGAAAAUGCAAAUGGUAAUUCAUUGUCAGUCAGCACACCAACUAUUAAAAGUGAGCACUACGAUAACGACAUGAAGAUGGAAGAUGCCAACCCAGAAACUACUGUGACUAAGAUAAAGUCAGAGCAUCAGGAUAUAAUUAUUGCUCCGACAAGGCCAAACCUACAGUACGUUUUGCUGAAAACAGGAUUAGUAUAUGAUGUUAGAAUGCGUUACCAUGCCAAGUUAUAUACCUCGUAUUUUGAGUAUAUCGAUCCACAUCCAGAAGACCCUAGGAGGAUUUACAGAAUUUAUAAGAUACUAGCAGAAAAUGGGUUGAUUAUUGAUCCUAGUUUAUGUGGCUCGGAUGAAAUUGGUGAUUUCAUGCAAAAAAUCCCUAUCAGAGAAGCAUCGAAGGAGGAAAUUCUAGCUGUUCAUUCAGAGGAUCACUUGAAGUUUAUUGAAUCAACACAGCAUAUGAAUAAGGAAGAGCUUUUGAAGGCUACAGAAAAGGGUGAUUCUGUUUACUUUAACAACGACUCACUUUUGUCAGCUAAACUUUCCUGUGGUGGUGCAAUCGAAGCAUGUAAAGCGGUUGUUGAGGGCAAAGUUAAGAAUGCGUUGGCUGUUGUUAGGCCACCUGGCCAUCAUGCUGAACCCGAUGCACCUGGUGGAUUCUGUUUAUUCUCCAAUGUUGCAGUUGCGGCAACUACUAUCUUAAAAAAUUAUCCAGAAUCAGUAAGAAGGAUAGUUAUUGUCGAUUGGGAUAUUCACCAUGGUAAUGGUACCCAAAAGGCAUUUUACAACGAUCCAAGGGUCUUGUACAUUUCCCUACAUCGAUACGAGCAAGGAAAAUAUUAUCCAGGCACAAAGGCUGGUGGAGCUGACCAGGUUGGAGAAGGAGAUGGUGAGGGUUCUAAUAUUAAUAUUCCUUGGCCUGUUGGUGGUGUUGGAGAUGCAGAUUAUAUUUAUGCAUUCCGUAAGGUAGUUAUGCCUGUUUGUAAUGAGUUCCAACCUGACUUGGUUAUUAUUUCAUCUGGGUUUGAUGCAGCGGAUGGUGAUGUCAUUGGUGGGUGCCAUGUCUCGCCAGCAGGAUAUGGGCAGAUGACUCACAUGUUAAAAAGUUUAGCAAAGGGUAAUUUAUGUGUGAUUUUAGAAGGUGGUUACAAUUUAGAUUCAAUUGCAAAGUCUGCCCUAAGGGUGGCCAAGGUUCUAAUCGGUGAACCGCCAGAGGAAUUGAAAAAAUCAUACCCGAAAACAGAGUCAAUUGAAGUUGUUGAAGAUGUAAUCAAGAUUCAAGCGAAGUAUUGGAAAUCGUUAGGCCCAGGUUACAGCGGGCUAGAUUUUAGCACACCUCUAUCGAUGGGUGACUAUGAUAAAUUAAUUGCCAAAUCACCUGACCCUUCAUUUAUUGAAGUUGCCUCAAGACAUGAUAGACUCAACGACGCAGUUAGGAACGAACAAAGAAAUGAGUUAUUCAAAAAAUAUAAAUUCACCACCCUACCAUUGUUUGUUGAAAAGCUCCCUGACACUCCGUCCUACAAUGAAUCAACUAUUUUAUGUUCUCCGGAAGUUUACAAAAGUGACAAACUUGUCAUAAUAGUUCAUGACCCAUCUAGGAUUUGGGCACGCCGGGAUCCAGUAACUGGAGAUUUGGAUUCUGCUAAUGCAGUCACAGUAGAUAAGUCAUUAGACUUCAUUGAUUGGGCAUUGAAGGAAAAGUGGGGUGUCAUUGAUAUAAACAUACCUAUCACAGUCAGCGGGAAGGAUGAUGCUACUUACAACAACAUCAACACAUCGCAGGAUAUUAUGUUGUAUUUAUGGGACAACUUUCUUACCUUUUUCAAUGUUCAAAAAAUUGCAUUUAUCGGUGUUGGAGAAGCAUAUAAUGGUAUCAUACAUUUGUGUGGUCAUAGAGAUGUGAGGAAAUUAGUUAAGGCAAGUAUAAACUUUGUUGACAGAGCUACCGCAUUGAGAGCUGUUAUCUCCACGAUCGAUGAGUCAGUUGUCGACUGGUUUUUCAGAAACUCUUUAGUUUUCACCAGUAGCAAGCACUCUUGCUGGGGUGACAAGGAUUCUGGAAGUACUAAAAGGCCUAGGAAGAAAUAUGGUAGAGUUUUGCGUGCAGACGUAGAUAAUUUAGACAGCAUUAUUGACGAACGUUUUGAGGAGGUGUGCACCUUCAUACAGGAGUCUCUUGAAGAUUACGACAGCGAGACUGAUUCAGAGGCAUAA